GGCGAUUGGUUCGUUUACCCGCGCUUACUCGAAUUACUACGAUUUAACAUUCAGAGCACUGGGCAGAAAUCAGAGACACAUCAGCGUAAGCAUCAGCCAGCCACGGACGAAACCGCACAAGCAUCAGUUAACAGGCCAACCGACCCAGUCACUGGAGCCAAUCCUUUUCCCGAAGUUACGGAUCUAAUUUGCCGACUUCCCUUACCUACAUUAUUCUAUCGACUAGAGGCUGUUCACCUUGGAGACCUGAUGCGGAUAUCGGGCCGUCCAGAGAACACGAGACAUCACAGAAACCGCGAUGCUUUACGGAAACAACGUCCCUAUCUACGGCUGAGCCGAUUCUCGCUGCCUUUGUGA